AUGGCCAGCCCGCGAACGCGCCGCGUUUUAAAAGAUUUGCGACCGAUCGACGAAAAUAAUUAUUGUUUCGAGUGUGGUGCUCAGAAUCCGCAAUGGGUUUCCGUCUCGUACGGCAUCUGGAUUUGCCUUGAGUGCUCCGGUCUGCACAGGGGAUUAGGCGUACAUUUGAGUUUCGUCCGUUCGGUCACUAUGGAUAAGUGGAAAGACAGUGAGCUGGCAAAGAUGAAGGCUGGUGGCAAUCAGAAAUUCCGAGAAUUCCUUGAAGCUCAACCGGAUUUUGAUCCGAAUUGGAAUUUACAACAAAAGUACAAUAGUAGAGCCGCCGCUUUGUUCAGAGACAAGGUUUCUUGUGAAUCCGAGGGCAAAGAUUGGUCAAUCGCGACAUCGUCGGCGAAAAAUUUCACUCCAAACGCUCUCUCAUUAUCAAGCAGUGCCCGAUCGUUGGGUGGAGGCAGUUCGGGCUCAAAACCCUCGUCGCAAAGCAGUUUGGGACAAUAUUUUGGCGGUGGAUCAUCAGCAAAUGCCUAUCAAUCGUCACAACAAAGCACAAAUGACUCGUAUGCAAGCGGUGGAACAUUUCAGGGAAACGAUCGCUAUCAGGGCUUCGGAAAUACAGCAUCGACGCCUAACUCGCAAAAUGCCGUCAAUUUUCAGGACUCCGAAUUUCUCACCGGUGCGAUGAGUGGAUUGACAAUGGGCUGGUCAAUGCUUCGAUCGGGUGCUCAACAAGCCGCAUCGGUUGCCAAGGAUUUGGGAAGUCAAGCCGCGCAGAAAGCUCAAGAGAUUGGCGGAGAUAUGGGUCAAGCCAGCGGCGGUGCCUCGGGUCUCCUAUCUGGUGUUGCGACGAAAGCGACGGAAAUUGGUGGAAAAACUUGGGGCGGAAUUUCGAGCUUCGUCAAAUCGUCAUCGAUCCAGGGAUUGGCGAAUAUUCUACCAAAAACUGGCUACGAGGAUAUGAACUCGCCAAAUGGGGGUGGAAAUUUUGGACAAUCAUCAGGACAAAAUUAUGGAUUCAACGACGUUCCCAACAAUGAUGCCCAACAAAACUUUGGAAAAAUGCAGAAAAAUGAGGAUUUUGAAGAUGAAAGCGUCAAAACGAAGCCGAAAACGGGGAAAGCUACGAAAGGGAAACCGGUGGCGGCAAAGAAAGACCCAUCUUCAUUGAUCGAUUUCGAGUCACCAAAAGAGGAAGAGCCCGCGCAGAGCACGAUUGACGCGUUCGAGAAAUCGAUCAAUCGAAGCCCCCGCCCGGUCAAGCCAAUCGCAUCAACUACGACGACAACGACGACAGCGCCGAAGAAAGCACAAGAGAAGAAAAAAGAUUGGGAUGACGAUGCAUGGGAUCUACUCAAUCAG